GAUGUUUAAAUUCGGGUCGGUGCAGUGGCAAUAAUCGUAAAGCAAAUAAACGAUCGUAAAGUUAACUUUUAUGGUUAAUAUGAGUACUGCGGCUGUACAAUAUUAAGCAGAAGGGGGCGUAACAAUACGAAUUUGUAAAUAAUGCUUUAAGAAAGCAACAAAAUGCUCCCGACGAAUGCAAAUACAAGGUGAAUUGGUUGUUGUCUAAUCUAGACAAAUGCAGAACUCAGCUACAUUGCUAAGCUCCGUAAUAAACUUGCUGUGACGCAGCCGGCGAGUGAGAGGGCGAUCCGGGCGAAGGUUCAGAGAGGAAGAGAGACACAGAAAACAAUAUGAGAAGAGCGCCGUCGUGCAUGAAAUGAUCGUUAAAUUAAAAGAACGUUACCCACACGAGGCCGGAUCAGUCAGUCACUGACAACGAAGCCGAAACGACGCCAACGAAUCCGACGGGUAUAAAAAACCAACGAACCCAAAACUUAAUUAGACAGCAUAAAAAAUUGGAAUAUUAACUAAUUAAAAACGCAUUGAGACCGACGCCGACGCCAACUACCGACAAAAUGCGCGACGCCGCCAAUGAAAAUAGCACAGCUCCCGCCGCCCCGACGGACAGAGAAAUACGGCGUGCCUCCGCCGCCCAGCGCCGAGUGGCGCGCCGCCUGCUCAUCGAGCUGCUGAUCAUAGUGGUGCUAACCAUACCCAUCUGCAUCUUUGAGUUCGCCGUGGAGCCGGCGCGGCGAGGCUUCUUCUGCGACGAUGAGAGCAUUCGGUAUCCGUUCAGUGACAACACUGUCACGCCCGUGAUGUUGGGCCUGCUGACCGGCGCUCUGCCGCUCAUAAUCUUUGUUGUGGUCGAGUAUGUGCACGCUCUGCGCUCCGGUGAGCUGUCGUCGACGGUGGAACUACUCGGCUGGCAGAUGUCAACCUGGUAUGUGGAGCUGGGCCGUCAGUUGACUUAUUUUGGCUUCGGUCUGCUGCUGACUUUUGAUGCCACCGAAGUGGGCAAGUACACGAUUGGACGCCUGCGGCCCCAUUUCAUUGCUGUGUGCCAGCCGCAGCUGAACGACGGCACACUAUGCACCGAUCCGGUCAAUCUGCAUCGCUAUGUGGAGAACUAUGAGUGCGCCGGGGAGGGCUAUACCAUUGCGGAUGUGCGGCAGACGCGCCUUAGCUUCCCCAGCGGCCACUCCAGCAUCGCCUUCUACGCGCUCCUCUACGUGGCGCUCUAUCUGCAACGCAAGCUGACUUGGCGCAGCUCCAACUUUACGCGCCACUUUCUGCAGUUUGUGCUCAUCAUGCUGGCAUGGUACACUGCGCUGAGCCGCGUCAUGGACAGCUGGCAUCACUGGUCGGAUGUGCUCGUCGGCUCGCUGAUAGGCGUGACCGGAGCCUUGAUAACCGCCCGCUACAUAGCCAAGUUUUUUCAAUCGCCGUUCAGCGACGUCCCUCUGGGCGGUGGACUGAGGAGGGAGGACACCUCGGCCACGCUGCAGGAUGAGGUGUGCUCCAGCACGCCACCCCCCUACUGUGUUAAUAGCAGCUACAACGAAGAUCAGUAUUGUACCAAAGUUUAGACAGAGACCCUUUCACGAUCGGAAAUCGACAAGAGGAAGAAGAGUGCAAAAUUGUAAUUAAACAUUCCAAACCAAAUAAAAUAUACACGCGAAACGCGUCCUGUGCAAAAGUUCAAUGUAUAUAUAUAUACUUGUCAAGCAUUGUAGGCACUUUUAGUAUUCCUAAGUAGCCUUUAAAUCGUGUGGUAUUAAUAUAGUUUGUAGUUUUUUGUAGUCUACAGUCAAAUCGUUCAUAUACAUUUGUAAAGAUUUCAUUCAAUAUAUGUUUCGCUAGAAGUAAGAUUCAUAACCCUGUCAUCUUUUGUUUCUUUUUGUAUUAUCUAUGUAAUAAAUUUAAGAAGAAAAUCA